UUGGGUGCUAGCACCGGGUGAGAAACCUCCGAAGGAGCCAAGGACCCGAAUCGCGCUCGCUUCUCACUACAACAAGUUCAAGCUACUCUUGCAAAAAUGGGGCGAAUGUUUGGCGGCAUCACGACAACGUAUAGCUAGCGGCACUUCGCUAAUGGACGAAGAACGACAAGCUCAAUCAUGUUACUAUAAUGCCAAGAAGAAAAAGUUUACACACUUUGAAUGUUGGGAAGUGGUUAAAGAUCAUCCAUCUUUCGUUGCGGUGCUACCUACUACUCCAUCUCCAUAUGCAAGUAGUUACCACGGUACUCCUUCCGCAACUGAAUCAUCUCCAACCAUCAAUUUGGAUGACGACCAAUUGAAUGAGACACCUCAAAGCAACACGGCAGCUCCAUCGAGUCCACCUAGACCAAUGGGAACCAAGGCGGCAAAGGAAGCUAGGCGCCAAAAGAAACAGGGUAAGACUCCUAUUGAGCAACGGGUGGAGGUUUUGCAUACCAUUGCAAGUGACCAAGCAUCAUGGCAUACCAAGAGGCUAGCCCAUAAUGAAAGUGAGCUUAAUUAUUAUGCGGAGUACAUAGACAUUCAAAAGCGAAAAGAAGCAAGGGCGGAAGAAGAGUUACGAUUGAAGAAACAAGAGAAUGACACAAGGAUCAUGACAAUGGAUUUGGAGGCUAUGACCCCAAUCUCGAAAAGGUAUUUUACCAAGAGGAAACUAGCAAUCCUUAAUGAAGGAGAAGCUAGUCAAGAUCAACCUACCGAUGAAACAUAUUCGGAUUGUUAUCACCCAAAUCGCGUGCUUUUUCCAUAGUAGUUAUAGUAUUGUA